UGUAAAUAAGUUUUUUAGUACAUAAUGGAUGAAUGGGAGUCGGUUGUAAAAAGUUAUCAGGAAAGUAGCGAUCUCAAACACAUUACGAAAGUUUUGAAGAGUGCUGAGAUUGUUCUUCUCGAAGAUUUAGCUUCAUUUGAGACAGAAUGGUUUCUCUCGACUCUUUUCCGGCAACCUAUAAAUCUCUUAAAUAAAGUGUCUGAACAACGUCUUAAUAAUGAUUGGAGCAAAAUUACAAUAAACUCGUUUAAAUUAAUCGGUGACAUUGUCACUAAAUAUGAAAGUGCUGUUAUAUAUUAUGAAGACAUUGUCACGCUCUGCCUCUUACCAUAUGACGCUCAAACUCGACAGCAGGCUCUGUCAUGUCUCACGAGUGUGGUCACCCGGUCGCCAUUGGGGGCCAGGGAUUUGAACCAACAUUUGAUUGCCCUCGAAAUGGCUACCACAUGUAAAGCGCCACUUGCGUUGUUAAUUGGUGCAAUAUGUGAACAUCACCCGGAUGUGGUCGAAGCGGAAAUGACGAAUAUAUGGCGAGUGUUCCUCAAUUUACUGGAUUCGAACAAACACACUGUGACCGUCAUAAAAGCAGUGCUGGAAGGCAUCAUGGGACUCUUCAAGUAUUUCGAGAUGGAUCUGCCGACGAUGGAACUUAAUACAUUCUACGACAAGCUCGUCAGCUUCCUCGAUCUGCCGAGAUGUGAGACAACGGUGCUGUCGCUGCUGCAGCGCCACGCGCGGCUGUUCCGCGAGCGCGUGUGCGCGUGCGCGCGCGUGCGCGGCGCCGUGCGCGCGCGGCUGUGCGGCGCGGGGUGCGGGCGCGCUCGGACGGCGCUGCGGGCGCUGUACGCCGCCGCCGCGCUCGUGGCGGACGACGCCCUGUUGCAGAAAAUCAUCACCACCGAAAUCGAACCACUUACGAAAUCGGAUAACUAUUACGAAAAAAUCACAGCGCUGUUCGUGUUGACGGACUUACACAGGAGCAAGGGUUUCGGGGAUUUGAACGAGUACAUAGACAUACAAGCUUUGGAGUGCGAUAUAAGACGUGGGAACAUAAAUUACGAGACCUGUGAAUCUGUUUCAUGGUGUGUUCAGUCAAACGUUCUCUACAGUGAUCGUCUCCUACAAACAGCCAUUAUGUUCUACGACAAGUUCGUAGAAUUGAAACGCAAAGAAGUCAUAAUACAUUCAGUCCUACAAGCUAAUAAGGAUGUUAGAUAUGCAACAGUUAUGUUUCUGAUAUCAGUGACGUGCCGUGCGGCCGUCCAACAACAAUACAUGCGGCUGUGGCGCGACUUGUUCGACUCUAACGACAGGACGGAUAACUUGGUGAUGGAAUACGCGCCGUAUAUUGUUGAUGAUGUGAUGGAAUACUUUUUGGGAGUGAUCGAGGGCUUAGGCGAUGAAGAGAUGCCGCCGAGGGUGACGUCACAGCUGUCAGUGCUGGUGCUCGUGCUGCGGUCACACCCGCGUGCGCACGCACGUCUCGCGCGUGCGCUGUGUGCGGCGUCGCGCACGUGCGUGCGUGCCGUGUGUGCUGCUAUUGUGUGUGCUGUGUGUUCUGGGAUCUGUUACGAGGAUAUUUCAAUAGAACAGUGUCCAGAAGACGAAGAGAAGUUACAAUGCUCGCUGGCGCUCAUUGAAGUGUUAGAUAAUAGCCCGUACUGCGAUACGGAAUUGAUCAUUGCUCUCGAGACGAUAUUUACAAGUAACGACGUGGAUGCGUCUACUUUGAGCAGAGCUCUGGUUGUAUUGGAGGACGUUUUACAGAGAAAAGGAGCUGACGACACGAGAGCGAUUGAAAUAAUUCGUCGAGUUGAAAAGAGAUCGAGACGGAUCGACAGACAGAAGAAAGACGAGCGGGUUUUAUAUAGAGAUAUAGUUAUGUUCCUAGGUAAAUAUGGCGUAACAAAUAACGAUACUACGAAUUUGGACAAUAUCCUAAUUGCCAGAUUGAAAAAUAAAAUAUUACUGGAGUUGCCAUACGACAAUACUACAUUUAAGAUCAACUUGCAAGGAGUUCUGCAGGCAGCCCUAGAACAAGAAGACGUUGACGCUUGCAAGACACUCUGCGCGGUUAUCUGUGCCAAUUUGGCGGCGAAGACAGACGAAGUCGUCCAGAGGGCGCUAAUCAGAGUCCUCGUGACCCUGGCGCGGGGCGCGGGGGGCGCGGGGGGCGCGGGGGGCGCGGGGGGCGCGGUGCACGAGUUGGUCGCUUAUAUAAUAAGGGAGAAGUCGCAUCGAUCUCGCGAAACUCUUCUAGAAGCCCUGGAAUCGCUUCUCAAAUCCGAAGCAGAUGAUUUGCUUCUACGGAAUGUUGUUGAAAGCGUUAUUUAUUAUGAAGAUUUAAAAUCUAACAGACAAGCCAUCUUAGACGUAAUCGAAAAACUGCUACAAUUACUAGGAGAUAAUAAUUUGUUAUGUAAGAAAUAUUUACCGGAAAUACUCACUAAAGUGUUAAAAUCUCAAGACGCGAACCUCAUCAAAAUCGUAACAGAUAUGUUCAAGGACAAAAUAGAGUUGUACGAUGAAGAUGUUCUAAAGAACACGACAGAUAACGUGUUCGUAAUAUUGAAUUCGACGGAAAACAAAAUGGCCGACGCGUCAAUCAAGAUGGCGGUGAUGCUUGCAAAUAAUAUCUUCGAAAGGAAAAACGAUUCAAGAUCUAUUCUGGAUUACUAUUUGACCGUUGACGGAGUUCGUUUAGCAGUUCUAGUGGCGUUUAAACAUGUAUGUGAUUUUGAUGUAAAAAUAAUGAUUGGAAACUUGAAGGAUAAACUGUUUUCCUGUGACCAUUUCGAUGAAGACGACGGGAUAUUUGAUUUCGUUGCUGAAUACAUGGACGUCCUAGUUGACGUAGAGUGUGCGAAUACGCAUAAUCUUCUAUCGAGAGCGAUUAAAAAAUUGACACCGGAAUUAGUAGUAUCGAAAAAAAUCGUACUGUCGAAGUGUCUGUCACUGUUGAAAGGAACGAGGAAUCAAGAAACGAAUACGAUUGAAAAAAGCUUAGAAUUCGUUCUAAAGUCAUUUCCGAUUAAAGAUAUCACGGAAUCUGUAGAGAAAUAUUCGUUCGAAGCGAAACACGAGAUUUAUCUUAACGCGCUAAACAUAUUGACGGACCUAUACGGCGAUGGACCGAUUUUGAUGGAGUUCUCCCGUUAUAUGAAGUCGUGGCUGGGAUGGAUAGUUAAGUUGAAUUCGACGGGUUACAUCGACAGGUGCUUGAAAUCGAAGAUGGCGUAUUUGAACGACUUGGUCGCCGUUUCGCUGAAGUUUUAUACUGACGAUGAAAUAAUAUCAUCGGUUUUAAAGGGGGAUGAAGAAACAGGCGUUAAAUUCUUAAGCGAUUUUAUGCCGGCGACAUUCAAAUACUUGGUGACGAAACCGUACGCGUUGUUGACGGCCGGUGUGAGACAGUGUUGUUCGUUGUUGAACGAUGUCGUCGUGUACGCGGUGCGGAGGAACAGGGGGGUUGAAGUUGUGGAGCCCGUUGAUGCGGUCUGGUCGACUUAUGCACCCAUAUCGACCUUCGAUGAAAAGUACUCGAUGUUGCUGUAUCUGUCAAAUAAGCUACCACCAAGUUCUGAUCCCGUGCAGUGGGUGGUCACUACUGUAAAAGAGGGGAGUCUCGUUGAGAAGAUUAAAUUAGUGAUGUUACUGGACGAUGAAUUAACCGUCCGCAGUGCGCUGGCCCCCCACCUGCCCCCCCUGCGCGCCUGCCGCGGGCGCCCCGCGUGCGCGCUGCGCGCCGCGCUCGACGCGCUCGCUCGCGCGCCGCCCGCGCCCGCACCGCCGCCGCGCCCGCUGCUGGACCUCGCGGCCACUCUGGCGGAAGGAGACAACACGAAGGGCUGGUGGGACGACGCGUUCGACAUGUGCAUGUCUUCGCUAGCGACGCAGGCCGACGUAUGCAUGUUGCAGUACGUUUACUCGCGGACCUUCCACGGCCGCGGGGAGGGGAUCUGCGACCGACUCAUGGUACCACUGUUGAGGUAUGUAAAGCCGUCUCUCUGCGAGGAGUACGUAUCCAGUAUCCUCGGUGAGCUGUUAUCGUUACUGAAGAUGACUCCGCGUGCAAUAAUCAAUCAUUACUCGUACGAAAAAUGCGUGAUGGACUAUGUGAGGGCGUUCAAGAUCAUCCUGGUUGUGUUCGAAAGGGUGCCUAAAGAGAACAUAGAGUCUCCGAGGUCAAUGCUGUACAGUAAGAUGAGCGAGGCCGUGCGCGGCACUCCCUUCUACUUGAUCAGUACCGUCUGCAAGCUGUGCUUCACCCUCCGGACCAAGGUUUCGUGUCCAGAGGGCGCUGAUGAGGCCAUGGAGAAGAGUUGCAGGUCGUUUCAAUGUGCGAAUUACAAUUGCUUGGUGACAGCGAUCAUCCUCAGAGACCCGAAGCCACAGAUAUACGCGACCGUGUUCGACGAGAACGUCUGGUCGAAGCUCAUUGGUAACGAGGACAUCGAUCUGCCAAUCAGGGAACAGUGGAGACAGCGCGUUACCCGCCAGGCCGUGCCUGCUUCGCUCAGUGAGCUGCGCACGCGCACCCUCAGUGACGUGCGCACACGCACGCGCAUGUUCACGCGCACGCUGUCUGAGAACCCGCUCGCGUACGACUUGCUGGAGGAACAUGAUGAGAUGGGUCCCCAAGAGUUAGAGGUGUCGGACAACCCCCUCAACCGCCACCCAUGUUCCGCAACGCUCAGCUCGUUGCUCGCGGCCGUCGGGAGCCGGGGGAUCGAUGUGUGGGGGGGACUGGAGCGAGCACUGACCGAGGGCCCCACUCGGGUCGCUUGGCUCCUGGCGCAGGCGGUGGUCAACAGCAGGGAGCGGCUGCAGGCGCGCGCGCACGUGCUGCAGCGCGGCCUGCUCGCACUCGCCGCCCGCUCCGCGCACACCCGCCUCCUCAACGCCCUGCACGUCGACAUUCUGGACACGUUAAUAUUAUGGCGUGUAAAUGCAAGCGAACACGCCGACUUGACCAUUGAGUGCAUUAUAAACACGGCCAUAAACAACAGACACAGACCCAACGUGUUUUGGAUGUUGGUCGACAAGUUGGUCAAACUGUUUGACAUUUGGAAAGAUGCUCGACCAAAUUGGACGUCGUUCGAAAAGUAUUUCAUUGAUCCAAAAGCAGACAUGGUGAAACAUUGCCUACAGAUACUGAAACGUAUUACAAAGUGUGGCGUCCUGAUACCCCAGUUAAUACCAGCUCUGAUGGCGGCGAUGGAAUCGAAGAGGUGUACGAUUGAGACCUUCGAACUCCUCGGCCUGGCUCUAGCCAUCGACGAUAAGAGAGACCUCUACAUUAAACGGUAUAUGAAAAUUUUGGAGAAAUUGCGUAAAAGCGAUGUAGCUGAAUACAUAAAGUGUCUGUAUUACGUUCAGAAGGGAUGUCCUGAUUGCUGUGACGAAAGCAACUUCCGAUCGAUAACAGAUUUAACGCCAAAAAUCUUAGGUCGCGAGAAGUCGAAAUGUUUCGAGGUGUUAUCAACGUACGUGCUGACGGUCAGACGGACGGAACACGUGGCGUCGAUGUUCGAGACGGUGGGGCUGGGGGAGAAUCUUAACACGAUCGAGGGAUUGAAAUUGGUGAGGAAUGGUCUUCACCUCAUGGACGAGCACCGCAGGCGAUACUACGUGCUGCAAGUGGCCGACGCGAGUCGUCACUUGACUGCGAAGCUCCGUCGGGUCGCCUUUGAGGUUCUCGUGAAAGCUUUGGAACUACUGCUGUCGCCCGACACAUCGGAACCGCCGUCGAAGAGGUCCGCUCGGGCAUCGAACUCGCUGAUAUUGAGCGAAAAGGACGGCUACACUCGGGGUCUGUUGGAGGGUCUAGCGCGAGGAGUGAUGGAGGGGAACGAGGAAAUAAGGAGGAGCGUCAGAGAGGGAGUCGGGGGUCUACUUGAUAAAGAUUUGGCUGUUAGGUUCUGCGAGAGUUUUUACCUGGCCGUGUCGCUGGCGCGGACGGAUGUCGACGCCAAUCCAGCGGCCAUCUUGGACAUGUUCUUCCAAAUACUGAGGGACGAUAAGUUGAAAAAUAUAAAGCUGAGGGAUGAACCGAUUCAAACUGGAGCUACGACGAUACCGGCGUCGAACAUAUCCAAGGGAGGAGAAAAUACGUCCGAAGGGGUCAACGUGCAGAUGUCUCUGGAUGAUAUCUUAGAUUCGCUGUUAAAGUUUUCACAGAGGAAUAUCAACGCUGCAACAUCGCUCAUCGUCCAGCUGAUAAAAGCGAACCAGACGAAGCGUCCAGGGUUCGAUUUCGCGGCGACGCUGGGCGCCGGCGCGGUGCCGUGGCUGGGGGGCGCCGCUCCCUGGGGGGCGGCCGUGGCGCGCGCGGGGCGCCUCUGGGGCUGCGACGGUUUGAAGCAAGCGAUUAAAGAACGUCUGAAGGCCACAAAAUAUACGGAAGGAGAGAGUGUUUCUAAGUUACUGUACGAAGAUUACAAGAUCAGAUGCCUCGGGCCGGAGCAGUUCGUUUUGGGAUCCCGUGGUGAUUACGUCGUUCCGCUUCAAGCUUCUAAUAAAUUUUCGAUGCAAGAUUUAGUCUCGAUAUUCGGCGAGCUAUCCAAUUGGGACAAUUUGACCAUACGAGAGAAGAGCUCGAUCAAAAGCAGCCUACCGCCGAUGUGGACGAGCCGAGAGAACCUUGGAAUGUGCUUAAGAGAUCUCGAUCUAAAAGAUUGUCCGAUUUGGAUGAAAUGCAUGGUAUCAUCUUGCAAUGGUGACUUCGAGAAUCACUUCAAAUAUUUGAAGGACGUUGAUAAAUGGCCGAGGAAAAUGUUCGACGUGUCCGCUGUGACAGAAACGUCGAUAUGGAGGAGCAUUCGUGAAGGCGUUGAUAUGAAAAAUAUAUACAUACCAAACAACAUCCGUCCGACCGACUGUUUGGCGGAGUGGGCGGUGAGGAUUAUGAUAAGAUCCACGUUCCUGCAGGCGCCGGGGCGCGACGGGGCGUGCGUGGUGCUGUCUCGCUCGCACGCGCUGCAGUGGUGCGCACGCGCGGCCCAGUGCGGGCUGCACGCGCAGCUCAUAGACUGCUGCAAGAAUAUUACGGAUCUAUACGAGAGCGAGGCGCUGAAGUGGUUCCGUCAGAGAGUGCUCGCUCUCCGGGCGAUCGCGUUGGAGGAAAACGAUGUCGAACGCUUGAGGAGUACGCUGAACCUCGCAGUAUCGUUCUCACCACAGUUCAUCGACAACUCCAGUUUUGUAGAUGUCAUCGGAAUGAACGAAGCGAUACUCAUAUUAAGGAAUGAUUUAAAAACUUUAAACAAGGACCACAUACAGAGCGUCUUGGACGAGAUAAAAAAGAAUGUUCCAGAAUGUUCUACCGACAAAAUGUUUGGUAGAAAAGUUUUGGGAUCGGUCUGCCUACUGGCUUUGAAGUUUUACAAUCAGCUCUGGGAGACGAAUACGGAGCCCACGCAACAUAACGAGCUGCUACUCCUCAUGUCAGAAGCCCUGGGUCUCAUUGUAGACUUGGACCUGGCUCCGAAGAACCAAUCGGCUGACGUCAUCAUUAACAGAUUGGACAAUUGCCUUGAUGAGUUGGACGAUGAAUUAGCGGAACAGUUGCUCGAUAGAUUCAAAUUGAUCAUAAAAAAUCUGGACUCGAUAUCCUUGGAACAGCUCAAAUCUCAGAUGGGGCUCUUCAAGAAGUAUGAGCGUCACGAAACAGUGGAACUGUUAAGGGAGGACGAGGGUGCGAUGAAGUACAAAAGGUGCCUGAACUUAGUCGGAGACGCGGAACACUUGCUGAUGCAGUACUGCCGCCAGAGCGCGAACGUCGCAGACGAUAAACAAGAAUGGACGAAAGUAUUCGAUGAAAUGAGAUUUAAUGUAUUCGAAAACUCCUUCGCCGGUCCCGACUACCGAGUUCUAGAGAGACAUAAGGCGGCGCUCUACGCUAUUGCCGAUUUUGCUUCCACAGAUAGAGAAACAAAGAAACGUGUUCUGUCAUCGGUCCGAUCCGAUUUGAAGGUGUCCAGGAGGGAUUCCGUCUCGCUCUCGCACGUGUGUCCCAAUCUAACCGCGAAAGAGAUAACCGAUGCCUCUCUGAAUAAGUUGCUGUGUUUGAAACCAGGGGUUAAUGUUUUCAAAUUUGAAGAAAAGAUUCCAAUAUUCAUAGACUCGAUCCGUCGUCCGGCUGUUCUGAGUGUACGUCUCUCCGACGGUACUCUCCGAAGGUACAUCGUGAAGAGAGGGGAGCGGGUUCGAACCCACUGCGCCGCGAUGCGACUCUUUACCACAGUGAAGGGAGAGAGGGGUACGCAUACGGGAUAUCACGUGACUCCACUGAGCGACGACUGCGCCCUCAUCGAGUACCUAGAAGACCACGAGAGAUUCAGAACUUUGAUAGCGACCCAGCACCCUAUCGACAUUGCGGGCGAGGCGGGCGAGGCGGGCGAGGCGGGAGAGGAGGGCGAGGCGGGCGAGGCGGGCGAGGCGGUGCUGGCGCCGGCCCGCGCGCUGCGGCAGUUCCGCGCGCGGUGCGCCGCCGUGCCGCCGCACGUGCUGCGAUCUGCAGUCGAAGAAAACAGUGCGUGUGUCGAGGAUUUUAUUUGGAAGAAGUCGAAUUUUCUCGAAACUAUCUGCGAUAUGACCGUGUUCAGCUAUCUGUUUGGCCUGGGAGACCGCCACCUGGAGAACUUGCUGCUGUCGGCGCGGGGGGAGGCGUGCCACGUGGACUGCGGCGCGCUGCUGCAGUUCGGGGGGGAGCUGCCGCCCGCGCGGCUCACGCGCGCCGUGCUGGCGCUGGCGGGGGGAGUGGAAAGUCGCCUGCAGAAUACGAUACGUUCGCUCCGGGAGUCUGGGCUCGUGCUGCCCUCCAUUUCCGUGACCUUCAAAUGGAUGGGGGAAAUGUAUAUGGAUAAACUUCCAUACAUAAAUAAUCUCAUCAAAGGCACGAGUAUCUCUCACGCGGUGACUAUCGAAGCCCUAUCGCGAUCGACGCAGCCCUACAGAGAGAAAUAUGUACAGUUACUGGAAGACGUGUUUCGGGAUUUCGAUGCGAAGGAACUUUACAGUGUCGAGGAACAGGUAUCGAGUCUGCUGCUACAGUGCUCGGAGCCAAGGAUAUUGAGCGUGACGAGAGCGAAUUGGGAACCCUGGAUCUAGGUUAAGGGGGUCUAGGUGUUGGUUACACUUUUCCGGGCUAAAGAGUUACUUGUGUUAGUCCAAAUUAUCUCUGUGUUAAAUUUCAUUAAGUUCGUACAAACUAUCGCAUUAAUAAAAUUACUGAUGGUGGUACCACUUGGUGGUUUGGCUUUGCGCAAGACCACCUGGGUACCUACCCUAACAGUACACAAUAUUGUCGUGUUCCGGUUUGAAGGGUGAGUGAGUUCCCAAGGUUGGUUGCGCAUUGGCGACAUAAGGAAUGGUUAAUAU